AUGGACAGGUACAUGUGGCCCCCAGGGGUGGAGCCAGCCCUGAAGAAAGGGGUUUAUCUGGCAAGCAAAGUCCAGGUGGAGGCAUGUAUCAAGCGGCUGGACCCAGCAGCAGACUUGACGAGCCUGUGGCAGAAGCAUCUGUGGCACAUCCCAGCGAUAUCAAAGACCGUGAGAGCAACUUCUGCAAGUGCGGGCGCGCAAGCAACCAAUGAGAAGCGAAAGCGGGCUGUGCACAACUAUGCCCAGCUGGAUGCAGGGGUGAAUAUUGAUGGGUUGUCGCCGGUCAAACCGGAGGCAAGUGGUCACCGGAAACGGCAGAAAGGACCAGCCCGGGCGAGUUGGGAGACUUCGGAAACAGUGCCCAUCGAGGAGGUUUUGUCCUGGUGGUCGCCUUCCAUUGAGCAGCCCAUAGUUUCCUCGCUAACAUUCCCAAACAAAGGCUGGUACCGUCUUAUGCAGAGCGAGUCACCAGGGACUUUGUUUGUGGGUCAGUGUGUGUUCCUGCGUCCUGAGCAGGAGGAUUCUGCUCCUUUCAUUCUUCUAAUCACUGAGCUCUUUCCUCCAAACCAUCCAUCGGGAAAAACGGGGGCAGGGUACUACUUUUGGCGAGCUGAAGACAUUCGUGUUUUCUCGGGUGUUACCGAUUUUAGUGGUAGCAAUGAGGGGAGCGAGGUGUACGUAACCAAGCAUAGAGUAGAAUUUGAGGUCGAUGAGGUUUCGGACCUUACAGAUGUCCAGCCCUUCUUCGUCGGUGAAGACUUGGACGGGCUCUUCUACAAGAGCGUGUGGGAUUACGACUCCGGGCUUCUUAAGCAUAUUGAUUUCAACUUGGAGGGGAGUGCGACGUCGCCGAGUAGUCUCCCCAAGCUCCUUCGACACCUCCAUGCCCAGGCCUAUAGAAGUAAUAGUCAAGCGAGCGAAAUGCUUACAGAGUUGGCCUUCCACCUCGGCGAGAAGCUACAGAGUUACGUUGCUAACAAAAAGGUCAUACGGGAUAAGUGGGUUCCUGAGUGCAGUGUUCGGGGCGGCAUGCGAGAGGUUGCUUUGCUGCCUCCCGCCCUGUUAGACUGCACUACUUGGAACCGGAAAAAGGCCUGCAUCCAACUCCGGAUUGACCAAAAGGAACAGUUGGUCCCGCUGCUAGGUCAGGAUUGGUGGAUAAAGUAUGCGCAAACCGCACGGGUGGGUGGUGACAUGAACUCCUAUGAGAUCCAUCUACCCAUAGUUCUAGAGUUGUCACCAACUGGGGAUAUGAUGAAGGUUAGGAUGCACGGUCUCGAGAUGUUCAACCUUGCAGGGGCUAGUCAAUGGGACACGCGAUGUAACCCGUAUGCAAUGAAACGUGUUCCGAAAUAA